CACACACACACACACACACACAUUAUUAUUUAUCAUCUCUAUUGUUGUUAAUUAUUUCAAAAAAGUUUGUUUCGUUAAUUAAUAAUCGGUGUGAUCAUGGCGAACGAAUUGUCUCUUGAUUUGGAAGAACUUCGACAUCUUCAAACCAUUGCCAAGCGCCCACGCGUUGCUUCUCUCCUUUCUUCCGAGAUUCUCAAUCUCCAAAAGCAAAUUAAUGAUGUUGCUUCAGCAGCACCAACUCCAACUCCAACUCCUGUCCAGACUCCAGCCCCAGCUCCAAUUUCAGCAAUUCCAAAGGUGGCUGCUGAAUCAACAUUAAAGUACACUACACUCGGAUCUUUUAGCUGGGAUCAAGAUGGUGAUAAGAUUAAGAUUUAUGUCUUUAUGGAGGGAGUUGAUCAAGAAAAGGUUCAGGCCGAGUUCAAUCCCAUGUCUGUUGAUGUGAAGUUUCAUGAUGUUCAAGGGAAGAAUUAUCGAUGUGUCAUACCUAAAUUGAACAAAGCAAUUGUACCAGAGAAAUGCAAAGUGUUAGUUAAACCCACAAAGGUCAUAAUAACAUUGAUCAAGGCUUCAAUGGGUAACUGGUUGGACCUGCACUUCAAGGAGGAUAAGCUUAAGCCGAAUCUCGACAAGGAGCGUGACCCAAUGGCAGGAAUUAUGGAUUUGAUGAAGAAUAUGUACGAGGAAGGUGAUGAUGAAAUGAAGAAAACAAUUGCCAAAGCAUGGACAGAUGCCAGAUCUGGCAAGACAGCAGAUCCUAUGAAGAGCUAUCAAUAGGCGAUAGAUGCCUUCUUUUUUUGAUAAGAAAACCCGAUAUGGUUUAUGGUGUAUCAUGUAGACCUUAAUAUUAAGUGAUACUUGUGUUUUGGACCAUAUUUAUGCGAUCUAAGCUUUCCUUUGGCUGGUUUUUUGGAA